UAUAAGAUUUUAAAGAUUCUCUCUUUAAACCCAUUUUCCAGAACUGUAAUGAGUGUGUUUUAAGCAAUUGGACCCACAUGGUGAGCCUAAGUUUAAGCCUAUGUAUUUUAUAGUUAUCUAGAUAGCACGGAAACGGAAAAACACAACACUUAAACACGGACACGACGAAACCGUAUUAUUUUAAGAUUUUUUAUGUGAAAAAUGGAACAUCGAGGGUGCGAAUUGAUUGAAUGAAAUGUGCGUACUAUCUAUUUAGUGAUAGAAAGAGAAGGAAAGUUGUUUCCUUUUUCAGCUUUUAUGUUCUUGGCUCUCAUCAUUUAAAGUUGAAACCCCAUCUUAUGUUCACAAAUUUCAAGUCUUUUUGGCAUUGUAUAUCAUUACAUUGCAGACAUAAUAUAAAUCUUUUGUGGGUUUAAUCAAACAGUGGCUCAGUUGUUGUCUAUUCUUUAAUGGGUAUUUAUUGAGUGGUUUUGGUAAUUAACUUACAAAUUCUUGUUUUUGGAAUCUUGAUUCAUUGUUGGUAGGUGUAUUAAUUUAGUCCAUAGUUGGUAAUAUUUUGUUUUUUGAAGUAGGAAAUUUUGAAAGAGUUGACCUAAAGUUAUUGUCUUGUUUUUGUUGACAAGAGUUCAAAGUUGGUGUCUUGAUUUGAGUUGCUGUUGAAUUUUUUGUGGGUUUGGACAGGAUUUUUGGAGUUUUUCUUGAAGUGGGUAUGUGUUAAUGGAGUGGUUUUUUUGUGUUUUUAGAAGGUUGUAAGAUUGCUGAGUCUUUGUGUAGAUUAGGGGUUGAUUUUUAGCCAAGUAUUAGGGAAAAGAGCUGCAUUUUGAUACCAAUUCAAGUUCUUUGAAGAUUUGGCUUUGAUUUGACAGUGGUGCUUAAGUAUAAAGUUCAUUUGAUUUGGAAUUUCUUGGCUUUUUGAGGGUUUGUUGGUUGUAGAAAAUGGCUUGUAUGAAACUGGGAUCUAAAAGUGAUGCUUUCCAUAGGCAAGGGCAGGCCUGGUUCUGCACAACUGGGCUUCCUAGUGAUAUAAUUGUGGAAGUUGGGGAAAUGUCAUUCCAUCUUCAUAAGUUUCCUUUGCUUUCUAGAAGUGGGGGUCUAGAAAGGUUGAUCGCAGAAGCAUCAGAAGAAGGAGAUGAAAAAUGUGUAAUAAAUCUCCCAGACAUUCCUGGUGGGGCCAAAACAUUUGAACUUUUGGCCAAGUUCUGCUACGGUGUGAAACUUGAACUUACUUCCUCAAAUGUUGUGUACCUUCGAUGUGCUGCUGAACAUCUCGAAAUGACCGAGGAAUAUGGGGAAGACAAUCUAAUCAUGCAGACUGAGACCUUUCUUAAUCAAGUAGUCCUUCGCAAUUGGAAAGACUCCUUGAAAGCACUGCAAACUUGUGAUGAUAUUCUUCCAUAUGCUGAAGAACUUCACAUUACAAAGAAGUGUAUCGAAUCAUUAGCCACAAAAGCAUGCACUGACCCAAAUCUAUUUGGAUGGCCGAUGAUGGAGCAUGGACCCAUGCAGAGCCCUGGUGGGAGCGUCUUGUGGAAUGGGAUAAGCACAGGGGCUCGGCCAAAAAAUUCCAGCUCAGAUUGGUGGUAUGAGGAUGUCUCAAUUUUAAGUUUACCUCUCUAUAAGAGGUUGAUCUCGGUAAUGGAAUCUCGUGGCAUCAGACAAGAGAUUCUCGCUGGAUCCCUUGCUUUCUAUGCAAAAAGGUACCUUCCUGGUUUGAAUCGGCGCCAAGCUGCCAGUGAGUCUAGUUCCCGUUCAAUUCCAUUGGCUUUGGCUCAACUGUCAGAAGAAGACCAGAAGAUUUUAUUGGAGGAUAUUGAUAGAUUGCUGCCUAUGCAGAAAGGUCUAGUCACAACCAAGUUCCUAUUUGGUCUACUUCGGACAGCAUUGAUUUUAAAAGCAAGCCCCUCGUGUAUAUCAACCUUGGAGAAAAGAAUUGGAAUGCAGCUUGAUCAAGCAACACUAGAAGAUCUUUUGAUGCCCAAUUUCUCUUAUUCCAUGGAGACUCUUUACAAUGUUGACUGUGUCCAGCGGAUAGUUGAACACUUUCUUGCCCUGGAUCAAAUCACUGGCGGGGCCUCUCCAUGCUCAGUCGAUGACGAGCAGUUGAUUGGAUCACCAUCAUUAACACCAAUUACAAUGGUGGCCAAACUGAUUGAUGGAUAUCUUGCAGAGGUUGCCCCUGAUGUGAAUUUGAAGCUUCCCAAGUUUCAGGCUCUUGCUGCUGCUGUUCCCGAGUAUGCAAGGCCUCUCGAUGAUGGUCUUUAUCGUGCCAUAGACAUCUAUCUAAAGUCACACCCAUGGUUGGCGGAGUCUGAUAGGGAGCAGCUUUGCAGGUUGAUGGACUGCCAGAAGCUCUCACUGGAAGCAUGCACUCAUGCUGCGCAGAAUGAGAGACUGCCACUAAGGAUAAUAGUCCAAGUUCUCUUCUUCGAGCAGCUUCAACUGAGGACUUCAAUUGCCGGCUGCUUUCUAGUUUCAGACAAUCUCGACGGGUCGAGACAGUUAAGAAGUGGCUUAGCUGGGUCUACGGAGGGAGGAGGCUGGGUCACGGCUGUUAGAGAGAAUCAGGUUUUGAAGGUGGGAAUGGAUAAUAUGAGAAUGCGCGUUUCUGAGCUUGAGAAGGAAUGUUCGAGCAUGAGGCAGGAGAUCGAAAAGUUGGGUAAAUCAAAAGGUUCCAGCACAUGGGGAAACGUGUCGAAGAAAUUCGGGUUUAAGAUGAAGUCGCAGAUGUGCAGUGCUCAAGAGGGCUCUAUCAGCAACCAAAAUAACGUUAGUGCUAAAGCUGUGAAGGCAAAAGAUAGGCAUGGAAAGCACAAGAAAAGCUUAUCUCCUGAUCGGUAAGACGUGAUAACGUUUCGUUCUUCUCCUUUCCGACUUGUUUAUUUAUCCAUUCCAAAUUGUAAUUGUUAUUAGUUGUACUUGCUAACUGUUAGUUCAGAAACUAAAGUUCUAUCUCCUUGUUUGUGUCAUUCCAGUUUAAUAUGCUUUUCGCUUUAGUGUUUCUUCCUUGUAAUGUAGAGGGAACCCAAAAGAAAAUAGUAACUUGGAGUUCUUGUAACAUUGGUAAUGAAUUAUGUCUCUUUAAAUCCA